AUGAUCCAAGACACUUUCCAUCAUCUGGUUCAGACAAGAGUCCAAAAUGGGCUUCAGCCGAUUGCUAUUACUUGCUUUUUUGAGGAAUUACCAUUAAGGUUUGUGGGGGUUGUUGUUCCAUCCCAUUCCGCUAUCCUGCCUGGGUACAUACCAAUAGGAAUACAUGAGGAUCACAUAGGCAUGACGAAAUUCGAUAGUCACGCGAACCCUGGUUUCACGGCUGUUUCUGGUGAGCUUCUUCGAUGGGUGAGGGAUCUUCCUAGGUCAGAAUUUUAG